CACACACACACACACACACACACACACACACACGACGAGCAUGGCCGACAACAGCCCAAAUGUCCCCGCCGGCAGGAAGCGCUUCAUUCCGCUGGAGAACAACCCCGACGUCAUGUCCGCCCUCGUCCACAAGCUCGGCCUCUCGGAGAAGCUCGCCUUCCACGACGUCUUCAGCAUCGACGACCCCGACCUGCUCGCCUUCGUGCCGCGCCCUGCCCACGCCCUCCUUCUCGUCUUCCCCGUGAGCGACACGUACGAAAGGUUCCGCCGCCACGAAGACCAGGACAGGCCCGAGUACAGUGGGCGCGGUGACGCCGAGGAGGUGGUCUGGUACAAGCAGACCAUUGCGAAUGCCUGUGGCUUGAUUGGCCUGCUUCAUGCGGUCUCAAACGGCACCGCGCGCGCAAACAUCCAACCCGACUCGGAUCUGGCGCGGCUCGUCCAAGAUGCCAUUCCGCUGGGUCCCGCCGCGCGCGCCGACCUGCUCUACGCAUCCAAGGCCCUCGAGACCGCCCACCAGAGCGCUGCCAGCGCCGGCGACACCAGCGCUCCCUCCGCCGACGACCAGAUCGAUCUCCACUACGUCUGCUUCGUCAAGUCGGCCGGCAACAACCUGUGGGAGAUGGACGGCCGCAGAAAGGGCCCUCUCAACCGCGGCAGCCUCGCCGUCGACGAGGACGUGCUCAGCGACAGGGCUCUCGACUUGGGCGUGCGCAGCUUCCUCAAGCGCGAGUCCGAGGCUGGCGGCGGCGAUCUCCGCUUCAGUCUCAUCACUCUCGCCGAGUCGCUGGAUUAGACGUCAAUCGCCGAGUCGCUGGAUUAGACGUCAAUCGCCGAGUCGUUGGAUUAGACGUCAAUCGCCGAGUCGCUGGAUUAGACGUCAAUCGCCGAGUCGUUGGAUUAGACGUCAAUCGCCGAGUCGUUGGAUUAGACGUCAACCGCCGAGUCGUUGGAUUAGACGUCAACCGCCAACCAAGAGAAGGAAAGGAACGGCUAAUAAAGCAUCCUCGAAAAUUCAAGUCAUGUCUCAGUCAGCCAUGUCUCAGUCAGCCAUGUCUCAGUCAGCUGUGUCGUCGGGUGGGCUAAUCUCCCCAGAACAGGCC